AAAAGGAAUCCGCUCAGCACAUUAGUUGUCGGCCGACUCUAAAACAUAACACGCGUGGCCUCUGAGCGUUGAGCAAGUGCGUUAAAUGAGUCUAAUGCGCGUUCACAUUAAAAAAGCCAUUGCCAUCGGGGCAAUCGGCACCUGUGCUAUUGUUCUUUUCAUACAUAUUUUUUACAAGUAUUCGACGUUAAACGAAAGUGAACCUUACUGGUUGAUCAAAAGUGAUUUUAUCUUAUCCAACGAUACAAAUUUAAAGUACAUUUUACAAUGGACGUCGCCCUCAACUGAUCCGUUCGUUUAUAUGGGAGUCGGCCAAGAAGUUUUUAAGCGACGGAACUGUACUUACACGAACUGUGUGAUUACUGCCUACAGAUCCCUGCUUGACCUGCAGGAAUAUGAUGCUAUAAUAUUUCACGGACCAGAAGUCGUGCGUAUGCAAAACAAAGAUCUGCCACAGAAGAGGUCAGCGCACCAGAAGUAUGUUUUUGCAUCAAUGGAAUCAUCACACUACUACCCAGUCUGUUCAAGAAGGUUUGACGAUUACUUCAAUUGGACUUGGACGUUUAGACUGGACUCUGUUUUGCGGUGGUCGUAUAUAACGGUAUGGGAUUCGAAAAAUAAUGUUAUCGGGCCCGAAAAGAACAUGCACUGGAUCAAGCCUGAAGAGAUGGACCCUGUCAGUGAGAGGUUCAAGCAGAAGUUGAUGUCCAAGACGAAAGCGGCUGUAUGGUUCGUUUCCAAUUGCGCCGACAAAUCUGGACGCUUAAGAUUUGCUGAAAAACUGAAAGAUACACUUAAAGAGUAUAAUCUUGAGCUCGAUAUAAUUGGAGCUUGUGGAUCAAAUUCUUGUCCUAGAUCAAAGAGAGAUGAGUGCAAUAAAAUGGUUGGCGAAAGAUACUUCUUUUACUUGUCGUUUGAGAAUUCAUUUAAUAAGGAUUAUGUAACAGAAAAAUUGCUGACUGCACUAAAUAAUGAUGUGGUACCCAUCGUGUAUGGUUUCGCCAAUUAUACAAGGUUCAUGCCCGACGGAAGUUACUUGAAUGCUCGGGAGCUGGGCGUGACAAAUCUGGCACAGAUGAUGGCCGAUAUCAUUAGAGACCCAGAACGGUAUGCCAACUUCUUCAGAUGGAAGAACUAUUAUUCGUACAACUAUAAGGAUCCAAAUCCCGACAGCAACUCUUACUGCCAAAUGUGUGCCCUGAUGAACGAUGAAGAAAAAAUUGGAGAGACAACAAUUGUACAUAAUUUUAGAGACUGGUGGGAUACUUGGGACAUUCCUGGAUUAUGUGAUAGCUAAAAUAUUUUAUAGUUGUCAUAGAACGCAGGACUGACGGCCGAUGGGGCAGCAAGGUUCUGGAGUGGACGCCACGUACUGGAAAACGCAGCGUGGGACGUCCACCGUCAAGGUGGACCGAUGACAUAAAGGUAGCAGGAAAGCGCUGGAUGCAGGCAGCUACCAACCGGGUGAUAUUGGAAAUCAUUGAAGGAGGCCUAUAUUCAGCAGUGGACGUCCUGUUGCUGAAAUGAUGAUGAUGAUGAAGUUAUUUUAUAGUCUAAUAGUAAUAAUUAUUAUUUGCAAUCCACACAGCGUUUAUAUUUGUGGCAAAAUUUUGUGCUCUGAAUAAGUUAUAUCUUGUAAGUAAUUAUGUGGUCUUUUUAGAACCCAUUUAUUGUUAACAUCGAAUGGUAUGGACAGUUUGGACAGAGUAAUUUGUUUUUUCUAUGGUAUGGAUGGAUGAAAUAAGUAAUAUUAAACAAAUAGUUACAAGUAACCACAAUGAUAUACCUACCUAUUUAUAUUUAUAUCAGUACUUCAACUACGAUGUUCACUAACAACACUAGAUAACAACACUCCAGUCUGUAGGCACAACAGUAGGCAGAUACUUGAUAUAAAGAGAAAUUAAAUUUUAAUUAAUUUAUUGCGGAGAUAAUAUUACAACCAUGUGCACACACAAAUAUGGUCGGAAAGCGCCUUUACCUCGUGGCCAAACUAAAAUGCCAAACUAAUUUGGCCAUGAGGAAAAUAGCCAAACCGCGUGGUCAUAGUUUAAAAAUAACACACACCGUAAAUGUUCUAGUCACAUCACGGAGAAAUAAGAGACCAACAGAAAUGAAAAAAUAUUUGUAUUUGACAAAAAAACUACAUCUUAUAGCCAAAUCUCUAUAAGAGACUACCAGAUUAUAAAAUAUUUUUGUUUUUGACAAUAAAUAUUUUU